GCCUUUUGCUAUAUUUGGAAAACCACAAAAUUGGAAAUGACAACAUAAACCUGUCUUGCAAUUUUCAUGCUUUUUUACAUAGUUAUUUUUAUGGCUAUGCUAUUGUCACUAUGUUCAGGGACAAGCCUUACAGUCAGAGAUAAAUAGCGAACACGAACACGCAAAUGUUUACAGAACCCGAGAGCUACAAGUCACAACAAAAGACGUUUUAGAACACUGAAUACAUAACUUUCCAAUAUGAGUGUCAAAAUCGACGAGUCUGUUGUUGAACUACAAACUGAUGCCGACGUCAACGGAAAGAAGGGUGGCGAUGGCGACCUCGGGGACACCAUGUCCAUCGGGUCCACCGGUUCCGACACGUACGAAGAGAAACUAAUACACGGAAGUGGUAUGCUCGGAACAACCAUGAACAUGACCAACACAAUUAUCGGUUCUGGUAUUUUAUCGCUGCCUUUCAGUACCUCUCAAGUCGGAUGGGUCCUUGCUGCAGUCCUUAUGUUUUUCGGUGCUACAUUCACUUGGUUCGGACUCCACUUGUUGUCCGCUGUAGCGGAUAGUGUCGGCGGACGACAGACCUCUUUCGGUGGCUCAGCGAACGUUACAUACCCCUGGUUGGUUCUUGUAGCCGAUUUGUUGGUGUUCUUCACCAUGUGGGCGGUUUGUGUUGUAUAUAUGACCAUUGCUGCCGGUCUACUUCCCGAUGUAAUCCGUCAGUUCAUUGACGAGGAUUCAGAAUCCUCUCCCGUGUACCUGGAGUUCUGGUUCUGGCUUCUUCUCUGCUGGUUGCUGGCUGGCUCGCUAUCUAUGUUGAAGUCUCUAUGGUUCUUGGCUUACACUUCGUUGGUCGCUGUUGGCUGCGUGUUUUGGACCACUUUCGUCGUCUUCGCUUACUCUGUUGGCAUCUUCGAUCCCUGUGAUGGUAUUGCCGAGCCUUGUAAAGGAAACACCGAAGCCUUCAUCUGGGACUUCCAGGCCAUUAUGCGUGCCUUCCCCGUGUUUGUCCUUGCCUUCUGCUGUGGACCCGUUAUGUUCAACAUCUAUAAUGCCAUGGCUGAACAGAGUGCUAAGCGUAUGGACAUCGCUGCGAUGGCGACCAUGAUGCUCACCACCUCGCUGUACCUUAUCAUUUCUUUCUGUGGAUACUUCACGUAUGGAAACUUGGUGAACUCGAACAUUCUGAUGUCUUACCCCAUCUCCGUCGUCGCUUCUUUGGCACGUCUUGGCACAGCUUUCGUUGUAACUGUGUCGUACCCACUUCUCAUGCACGCCGCAAGAGAUUCUCUUAUCCACGCUAUCGGUACAUGUAUGGGCUAUGCUGGAAAGAAGGAGCAGGGUUUCGAAUUUACGGAUACUAACACCAAGCUCGGUAACAUCGGUUUCUACUGCACGGCAACUGCCCUCAACCUGCUUGCUUUCCUCUUCGCCUACUUCAACAUUGAUAUCAACAUCCUGCUGUCCAUCACCGGUGCCAUCGGUAACGUGAACUUGAGUUUCACCAUCCCCGGCAUUCUGUACUACAAGAUGUUCGAGGAGAACGGCUGGUCCAUGACACGUACACUAUGUGUGCCUUUCACCAUCUUUGGACUGGUCACUACCGGUAUCUCACUAUGGGCCAAUUUCGCUUAAGUUACAACCCAUUGACUAAUAUAAUUAGGAUAGCACAUAACGUAAUAAAAUCUGGGUACACCCUGGCCUGU